AUGUCUGUCCCUGUUGGAGUUGACCCAUGGGAGAUCCCCCUCUUUCCUCCUCCUCCAGGCGUUAUAUCAAAUUUUGUCAACCCUCCAUCGCGGGCGACAUUGGUCAUCUCAAUAUGUUCGAUUGCACUUGGUCUGAUGUGGCUUAUAUUUCUGCUGCGAAUUUACAGCAAAACUUUCAUUAGCCACUCUCUUGGCUGGGACGAUGUUGUUGGGACUGUUGCUGCUAACUCUGCAAUUAUCAGUGAAGUAUUGUAUGGUGUCGUGAUGUGGUUUUGUAAACUUUCGAUAUUCAUACUUUACUUGCGCGUCUUCGGCCCCUUCGGUGUCAAUCGUGUGAUGCGUUACCUCGUCUACUUUGGGAUUGUGCUAUCAUUCAUAGUCUAUGCAGCAACCUCUGUUGUCUUUGCAGUUGCAUGCACACCUCGCGGUAGCCAAACCUGGUUGGAGGCAUUGACAACUAAACGCUGCAGCACUGGUUCAUACGCCCCAGGUUACAUCCAAGGGUCGUUUGGGGUUUUCUUCGACAUUUACCUUUUCAUCUUGCCAAUUUGGCCGGUCUGGAACCUGCAGAUGAAGAGGAGGAAGAAGAUUGCUGUGACCUUUAUUUUCGCCACGGGUCUACUUGCUAUCGCGGCUAGUAUUAUAGGCCUUUAUUUUCGGGUAUUGAUCAAUCAGCCGAAGGUCGAUGAAAGCUGGGAAAAUCCUAUCAACCAAAUUCUCGCCAAUGUCGAAAUGAGCGUAACUGUUAUCUGCGGUUCAAUGCCUUACCUCACGUCACUCUUCCGCCGCUUAAAUGGUGGGGGAAAGAGGGCAGAUUCUUAA